UUCUCCCUCCUUCUCUUGCCUCUCUUGUUCUCUAUCUUCUCCCCUCUUUUCCCCUGCGUUUCUGGCGAAUAAACCGGUGAUUUUUUUUUCUUUUUGCAGAAUCCAAUUCCCGAAGAAAGAAGGAAAAGGAAAGUUCACUUCUUCCAGGUUACAUGGAAGAGGGAGAUGAGUAUCGUCGUUGGGAUGAAUUGAUACCAGAUGCCCUCGGGCUAAUUUUCCGCAAUCUUUCUCUCCAGGAGAUACUAACCAUGGUCCCAAGGGUUUGCAAAUCAUGGAGCAGAGCCGUUUCAGGGCCAUAUUGCUGGCAAGAGAUCAACAUUGAGGAAUGGAGUACUAGGUGCCAUCCUGAUCACCUUGAUCGCAUGCUUCAAAUGUUGAUCACGAGAAGCUGUGGAUCCCUCCGCAAACUCUGUGUCUCUGGACUCCACAAUGAUACAAAUUUCUCAUUCCUUGCAGACCAUGCUGGUUCCCUCCAGACAUUGCGGAUUCCGAGAAGUGAUAUUGGUGAUUCGAUAGUUGAACAGAUUGCUGGAAGGCUUUCCACUGUCACUUUCUUGGAUGUGAGCUACUGUAAUAAAAUUAGUGGGCGUGCUUUAGAGGCAAUUGGAAAGCAUUGCAAAUUGCUUGUGGGGCUGUGCCGGAAUAUGCACCCAUUAGAUACAGAAGGCUUGGAAGCCCAAGAUGAUGAGGCUUAUGCCAUUGCCACCACGAUGCCUAAGCUGAAGCGCUUAGAAAUGGCUUACCAUCUUGUUAGCACAGAAAGUUUAUUGCAGAUCCUUUCAAGCUGUACCAAUCUUGAGUUUAUGGAUUUGAGAGGAUGCUGGAAUGUGAACCUUGAUAACAAGUUCUUCAAGGAGAAGUUCCAAAAACUGACAGUAUUGGGGCCUCUUGUAAUGGAGGACUAUUAUGAGGCAAAUGAUUGGGAAGAAGAUUGCUCCGAAUAUUCAGAUGAUUCCGAUUACUUGGCCUGGGGAUUUUUAGCUGGUGACGGGGGAGACUAUGACGAUGAUGAGAGUUAUGAUGAGAUGUGGGAUGAUGAGGGAAGGCUGGAGGAACUUGAGCUCAGGUUCUAUGAAGGAGCAGAUGCUGGACUGUACGGUUGGCCUCCAUCUCCAUAGGUAGUUGGACUUCGCAGCAGCAUGAAAGAUGGCGAGGCAGAGAGUUGAUUUUGUGCAUGUGCGUAAUUCCACUAAGAAUGGAUGUCUUUAAUCUCUCAAGAGAGAUGUUUGCUCUUUUAUUUUUUUGUUUAAUAUGCUUUUUCGUUGCUACAUGAACUAGAUUAAUCAUGAGGAUUUCUAGUUCUGUACAAGUACCUAGUUAGUCACAUGAUUACAUGUGAUUUAUUUCUUUGGAUCUUGUACUUGACACCGUUUCCAUCUUGAAGAUUUCUCUUGAGAUGAGAGCUAGAGUCUGGCUUGGUCCCUCUCAAUUUGAGAGCUCACGGAAUUCUAACCAAGCUUGAGUUGUGCAUUAAAAGAACAGGAAAAAAAGAAGAAGGUGAAGGAUUCUUUUUCUUUUUCUUUUUCUUUUUGUUGUAAGAAGUUUGGAGGUAUUCUUAUGAGAUCCGAAAGAAGUGAAAGCAAAUCAAGUGAAAUAUUUUGAAUUGCC